GUUUGGAACAUGGAGUCGCAAGAUUCUCGUGAUGAUUUGCGAUAGGAAAACUGAGGCUGAUAGUCAUGUUUCUUUCCAUAUGUUCCCAAUUGGUCUAGCCGUCAUCGACGCCCGAUAAGCGAUUUUGGGGCACAAGAAUACUUUUAGCUUUAACGCUCUCAAAACCACCAGCGUCAAAGUGCUUCCGCAGUCUUGGACGGGCCAUGCCUUCUAUAUCGACCCUCUUCUGGGCAUCCAUCCCUAUCCUGCUGGCCGCACUCAUCUACCAGGUCGGAGUCCCAGCAAUUCUCCUCACGUCGAUAAGCGAGCAUAUCGCGUUCAGGGUACUAGGAAAUCUCUUCGCAACGACCCACUGCUAUGCCUCUGUUAAAACAUUGUCGGAGGGGCUAGAUCAUGCCGAAUGUUUCAGCGUUUCAGGAGGAGUAUUCACAAAAGUGUUCCCAGAUCAUUCUCUCGAUGCAGUUAAGCAUGCACGUACCGGGUACGUGGUGCCGGGCUUCUGGGACGGGCAUGGCCAUUUGUUGAUGUAUGGAGAACUGCUGGAUUCUGUAAGCUUAUUUGGUGCUGAAGAUAUGAGAGAAGUCAAGCGAAGACUCGUGGAAUACCAACAAGAACGUCCAGAGACUGGAACGAGUGAGCAAUGGUUGAGAGGAGUUGGAUGGGAUCAAGCAAAUUUUGACGGCGAAUGGCCGGUAUCGUCAGAUCUUGAGAUCGACAAUGCCUUCAAGGACCUAUAUGUCAUGUUAGACAGAGUAGACGUUCAUUGUAUCUGGGUCUCCGAGAAAGUACUAUCUCUCUUGCCAUCGUAUCUGCCUGAUAUGCCUGGAGGGGAGAUCCCAGCAAAGGGUGUCUUCUGCGAUAACGCUAUGGACAUCGUCCUGGAGCACUACCCAAAGCCUGGCAAGCAACGCAAAACCAAAUUCAUCAAAGACGCUAUGUCUGAGUUGAACAGGUUUGGUAUAGUGGGAAUGCAUGACGCUGGCGUUGUUCCGAGUGAUUUGGAACUCUACAAAGAGCUCUCUGCAGAUGAAGACUGGACAGUCCGAGUCAACGCGAUGGUUGAGUGUGAAAUGAGGAAUACGUUCUGUCCUGACGCGGUGGAAAAGUCAAAGACGCCCAAGCUGCAAAUCAAUUCUGUGAAACUAUUUGGGGACGGCGCGCUUGGAAGUUGGGGUAGUGCGAUGAUUGAGCCAUACAGCGACAAACUCGAGAGUUCUGGUUCGCUUUUGGUGAAUACCAGUACCCUCUCUAAGUUGACUCUAGAUUGGGCAGAGGCCGGAUUUCAGGUCAACAUCCACAGUAUUGGCGACCUUGCGAAUCGGCACGCGAUCGAUGCAUUUGAAGCAGCUUUAGAGGUCUUGUGUCCUGACAUCGAUCCCUACUCGUGUCAGUCUCAACAUCGUUUCCGCAUCGAGCAUGCUCAGAUUAUCCAUCCAGAGGAUCAAUCUCGGCUCCUCAAGCUAGGCAUUAUCCCUUCGAUUCAACCCACUCACGCUACUAGCGAUAUGGGUUAUGCCGAGAGUAGACUUGGCAAACAGAGGACAGCGCAAGAAGCAUAUCGAAUGCGCUCACUCUUAUCUCUCCGCCCUGUGCUUGGAUCUGACUUUCCAGUAGAGCCUCCCAGUAUCCUCGAAGGCAUGUACGCUGCAAUUACGCGAAGAAGUCCAAGAACGGGACUUGACCCUAACGGCAGUAAGACUGGUUGGUAUCCUGAAGAGACCAUCACUCUGGGGCAAGCCCUGGAAGGUUUCACUGUCAACGCUGCGUACGGCGCAUUCCUUGAAGGCAAAGCUGGGAUAAUCAAACCUGGGGCGUAUGCGGAUUGGGUCGUUCUAGACGAAUCAUUAGAGACGACAGAUUUGCGAAAAGCGACUAUCCGAGAGACGUGGGUUGGUGGUAAGAGAGUGUACCUACGUCCUGCCGCCGAAGGCACUCCCUGAGUCAAUACCAGGAACCAGGGUGCAGCGAAACUAUGCAACAGCUAGACAACUACAGCUAAGUUUAGUGUAGCAAUCUUGUGCCUGGAUUUUAAGCUGUAUACGCCUUGCGUG